AUGGCAUCACAAACCUCCCCAUUCAAUUUGGCCACUUGUGCCCGCCCUAAUAUUCUGGCAUUGCAGCCUUAUCGAUGCGCCAGAGAUGACUACAAAGAUGAUGGGACCAAUGUUCUCCUCGACGCCAACGAGAAUGCUUUUGGCCCUGGUCUGGCCUUGAACAGCGAAGGCGCAUUGCAAGCCUCGAAAAGCGGCGAUGCUACCGGUGCCUCCCAGCCCGAGAUCGAUUUCCUAGGCUUGAACCGCUACCCCGAUCCUCACCAAAUCGAACUGAAGCAGCUCUUCUGCAACCUCCGCAACACCCACCACCAUACCCCCAAGACCCUCCUCCCCGCGCACAUGUUCUGCGGCGUUGGUUCAGAUGAAGCCAUUGACGCACUCCUGCGCUGCUUCUGCGUCCCCGGCAAAGACAAGAUUCUCACCUGCCCCCCAACCUACGGCAUGUACAGCGUCAGCGCGCAAGUUAACGAUGUUCAAAUCGUCAAAGUCCCACUAGACGCCACAGACGGCUUCCACCUACAACCGGAGAAAGUCAACGCAGCGCUCUCCGCCGACCCCUCCAUCAAACUGGCCUACAUCUGCUCCCCGGGCAACCCAACAGCGAACCUCAUCCGCAAAGAAGACAUCCGCAAGGUCCUCGAGCACCCGACCUGGAACGGCAUCGUCGUUGUAGACGAAGCCUACAUUGAUUUCGCGCCCGAAGGCUCCAGUCUCGCCGAAUGGGUCACCGAAUGGCCCAACCUCGUCGUCAUGCAGACGCUCAGCAAAGCAUUCGGCCUCGCAGGCAUCCGCCUCGGAGUAGCCUACACAAGUCCCGAAAUUGCGCUCCUCCUCAACAGCCUCAAAGCCCCCUACAACAUCUCCAGCCCGACAAGCGCGCUCGCCUCGGCGGCACUCACUGCCCCCAACAUGGCCGUCAUGCACAACUAUCGCACGCAGAUCAUUGCCCAGCGCGACCGGCUCCUCCGUGAACUGCCUACGGUGCCGGGUGUGGGUCAGUUCCUCGGUGGGUCGGAUGCGAACUUCUUGCUAGUGCAGAUUCUCAAUGAUAAGGGCCGACCGUGUAAUGUUACUGCGCUUGCGGCGUAUGAGGGGAUGGCGGAGAAGAGGGGCGUUGUUGUAAGGUUCCGAGGGAAGGAGCUGGGUUGUGAGGGUUGUCUUCGUAUUACGGUUGGUACGGAAUCGGAGGUUACGAAGUUCCUGCAGGAGUUGCGGGUUGUGUUGGGGGGGUUACGUGACGGGGCUGGUAUCGCUCUGGAUGAGGAGGCGCGGGAAGAAGAGGCGGCUGCUGUGGUUGGAUGA